GAACCCUUCAUUUCCGCAAAAACCCUCACUUCUCUCUCUUCUCUGUGUUGCUUUCUCCGCUUCGUCGCUGUUCUUCUACGUGGAGAAAUGAAGGCCGCACUUCUCAGAUCCCUCCGAUCCGCCGCCGCCCGGACCUCCACCCGCGCCUAUGGGACCGAAUCCGUGCCGGAGAGGAAAGUCGCCGUCCUCGGAGCCGCCGGUGGUAUUGGGCAGCCACUCUCCCUCCUCAUGAAGCUCAAUCCCCUUGUCUCCAAGCUUGCUCUCUACGAUAUUGCCGGAACUCCUGGUGUUGCCGCCGAUGUCGGCCAUGUUAACACCAGAUCCGAGGUUGCUGGUUACGCGGGUGAGGAACAGCUCGGCCAAGCUUUGGAGGGAUCUGAUGUGGUUAUUAUUCCUGCUGGUGUCCCAAGGAAGCCUGGAAUGACCCGUGAUGAUCUCUUCAACAUCAAUGCUGGCAUUGUUAAAUCACUUUGCAUCGCCAUUGCUAAGUACUGCCCCAAUGCACUUGUUAACAUGAUCAGUAACCCUGUUAACUCAACUGUCCCAAUAGCUGCUGAGGUUUUCAAGAAAGCUGGGACUUAUGAUGAGAAGAAGUUGUUUGGUGUUACGACUCUUGAUGUUGUCAGGGCCAAGACUUUCUAUGCUGGAAAGGCGAAUGCUCCAGUAGCCGAGGUUAAUGUACCUGUUAUUGGUGGCCAUGCUGGAAUUACAAUUCUUCCACUAUUUUCUCAGGCGACUCCCAAAGCUAAUUUGUCUGAUGAUACUAUUGUGGCUCUCACCAAGCGAACUCAAGAUGGAGGAACAGAAGUUGUGGAAGCAAAGGCUGGAAAGGGUUCUGCUACAUUGUCGAUGGCCUAUGCUGGAGCCCUUUUUGCCGAUGCUUGUCUUAAGGGACUGAACGGAGUUCCAGAUGUUGUGGAAUGUUCAUAUGUGCAAUCAAGUGUCACUGAACUACCAUUCUUUGCUUCAAAGGUGAGGCUUGGAAAGAAUGGAGUAGAGUCAGUUUUGGAUUUGGGUCCUCUCUCAGACUUUGAGAAAGAAGGUUUGGAGAAGCUCAAGCCUGAGCUCAAAGCUUCUAUCGAGAAAGGAAUCAAGUUCGCAAACUCGAAUUAGAAGAUGGUCUAGUAUUUACGGUCGGGACAGGUAUAUCUGCCCCACGUUACCAUAAACUCUUGAUCCAUUUUUGCUUUUCCCUCCCAAUUGUAACUGAUGAUGCUGCUUACGAGCAAUCGGCUUUACCUUUUUUUGUUAGAAUAGUUCAUUUCUGUCGUAUAAAGUUUGUCAAUAAUUCCCGGCGGCAUGUUUUUGAGGGAUCUGUAUUUGAGAUACUUCAUUAGAAUCUCCAAUCUUGGAUAUUGAGAAUUGUCCGACCAUUUUGGACUUGAACUUGUCUGGAUUUUUGUAUCUUAUGGAUUCGGAGUUGAAAACAUUU